CUGUUACGGCAGCGGUUCCUGGGUGCGAUUUUUUUUCCUCCCCCCUUUUUUCUCUCUCGUCUUCUCUCUUUUUUUUUUCCUUUCCCUUUUUGUGAAUGAAAAAAGGAGGUCGCUAGCGGCGCCCGGCUCUGCAGCGCUAGGCAGACGUCUUCAGACAGUGCCGGCGCCGCGGGCCUCGCCCGGCUCCUUGCACUCCCGCGCGCCCGCAGCCUCAGCCGGAGCCCGGCCUGGCCCGGCCCCGCAGCCGGAGGUCGGGGCGGCCGCGCGCAGCCCAGCCCGCGCCCCCGCCUCCAUGACAUUGGGCGCCCCGGGCGCGGGGAGAUGCUGAUCCGGAAGAGGCAGUGUCUGCAGUGCAGCGCCGUCCGGCCUGGGCUGAUCUGCCAGAGUUUCUGAUCAUCGCGAACAGGGCCGGACCUGGAGCCCACAGCGGCCGGCGAGGGAGGCCGGCGUCGUCCUAACUUGCCCGCGUGGAGUGACCCCAGACAUCUCACUAAAAUGAACGUGCUUAGCAGGAAGAGAUGUGUUCCGUACACUAGCAAUUACCCCGUCACAUGUAGUGGUGUCCCAAUUAAUGGAUUCUGACAUGGAUUAUGAAAGACCAAACGUAGAGACCAUCAAGUGCGUGGUGGUGGGGGACAACGCUGUGGGCAAGACCAGGCUCAUCUGUGCCCGGGCCUGCAAUGCCACCCUCACCCAGUACCAGCUGCUCGCCACCCAUGUGCCCACAGUGUGGGCCAUCGACCAGUAUCGUGUGUGCCAAGAGGUGCUGGAACGCUCCCGAGACGUGGUAGAUGAUGUCAGUGUCUCCCUGCGCCUCUGGGACACCUUUGGAGACCACCACAAAGAUCGCCGCUUUGCUUAUGGGAGAUCGGAUGUGGUGGUUCUGUGCUUCUCCAUUGCCAACCCCAAUUCCCUCCACCAUGUCAAGACCAUGUGGUACCCAGAAAUCAAGCACUUCUGCCCCCGAGCGCCUGUCAUCCUGGUGGGCUGCCAGCUGGACCUGCGCUAUGCUGACCUGGAGGCCGUCAACAGAGCAAGGCGGCCCUUGGCCAGGCCCAUCAAGCCCAAUGAGAUCCUUCCCCCGGAAAAAGGUCGGGAGGUGGCCAAGGAACUGGGCAUCCCCUACUAUGAGACCAGCGUGGUGGCCCAGUUUGGCAUCAAGGACGUCUUUGACAAUGCCAUCCGGGCUGCGCUCAUCUCCCGGCGCCACCUACAGUUCUGGAAGUCUCACCUCCGCAAUGUGCAGCGGCCUCUGCUCCAGGCACCCUUCUUGCCCCCCAAGCCCCCGCCCCCCAUCAUCGUGGUGCCCGACCCCCCCUCCAGCAGUGAGGAAUGCCCCGCCCACCUCCUGGAGGACCCGCUCUGUGCGGACGUCAUCCUGGUGCUGCAGGAGCGGGUGCGUAUCUUUGCCCACAAAAUCUACCUCUCCACCUCCUCCUCCAAGUUCUACGACCUGUUCCUCAUGGACCUGAGUGAGGGGGAGCUGGGAGGCCCCUCGGGGCCAGGGGGACCCCGCCCAGAGGACCACCGGGGCCACCCCGAUCAACACCACCACCAUCACCACCACCACCACGGGCGGGACUUCCUGCUACGGGCAGCCAGCUUCGAUGUAUGUGAGAGCGUGGAUGAGGUGGGAGGCUCCGGUCCUGCUGGUCUCCGAGCCUCAACCAGUGACGGGAUCUUGCGGGGCAGUGGAACAGGGUACCUGCCAGGCAGGGGUCGUGUGCUGUCUUCCUGGAGCCGAGCUUUUGUCAGCAUCCAGGAAGAGAUGGCAGAGGAUCCUCUGACCUACAAAUCCCGGCUGAUGGUGGUGGUGAAGAUGGAUAACUCCAUCCAGCCAGGGCCCUUCCGGGCUGUUCUCAAGUACCUGUACACAGGCGAACUGGGUGAGAAUGAGCGGGACCUCAUGCACAUCGCCCACAUUGCCGAGCUGCUGGAAGUCUUCGAUCUGCGCAUGAUGGUGGCCAACAUUCUCAACAACGAGGCCUUCAUGAACCAGGAGAUCACCAAGGCCUUCCACGUCCGCCGCACCAACCGGGUUAAGGAGUGCUUGGCGAAGGGCACCUUCUCAGACGUGACCUUCAUCCUGGAUGAUGGUACCAUCAGCGCCCACAAGCCCCUGUUGAUUUCCAGUUGUGACUGGAUGGCUGCCAUGUUUGGGGGGCCGUUUGUGGAAAGUUCCACCAGGGAGGUGGUGCUUCCCUACACGAGCAAGAGCUGCAUGAGGGCGGUGCUGGAGUACCUCUACACGGGCAUGUUCACCUCCAGCCCCGACCUGGACGACAUGAAGCUCAUCAUCCUGGCCAACCGCCUCUGCCUGCCGCACUUGGUUGCCCUCACAGAACAGUACACGGUGACCGGGCUGAUGGAAGCAACCCAGAUGAUGGUGGACAUCGACGGAGAUGUCCUCGUGUUCCUGGAGCUGGCUCAGUUCCACUGUGCGUACCAGUUGGCCGACUGGUGUCUCCACCACAUCUGUACCAACUACAACAACGUGUGCCGCAAGUUCCCCCGAGACAUGAAGGCCAUGUCCCCAGAAAACCAGGAGUACUUCGAGAAGCACCGCUGGCCGCCCGUCUGGUACCUGAAGGAGGAGGACCACUACCAGCGCGCGCGCAAGGAGCGCGAGAAGGAGGACUACCUGCACCUGAAGCGGCAGCCCAAGCGGCGCUGGCUGUUCUGGAACAGCCCCUCCUCCCCGUCCUCCUCCGCAGCCAGCUCGGCGUCCCCGUCCUCCUCCUCGGCCGUGGUCUGAGAUGCUGCCACCCUCUCCCAACCCUGCUGCUGUCGUCCCCGUUUGCCCUUGUCCCUGCACUCUUCAGCAUCACCCCCUCCACCCAACAGGGACAAGGGGACCCACCUAACCAGGACCCUAAGGGCAGAGCUGAUGUCACCAGCCAGCACGGCUUAGGAGCUGGCCUUCCUCAGAACAGGGUCAGCCGCAGGGCCCCUGGUUCCGGGCAGGGCAGGGUCCCGGCUGGGGGCAGGAAGAGAAAGGGCUCCUGCGUCUUCUCUCUGGGCUUGAGGACACGAGCGUUCGAGGGAAACAGCUCCCUGCAGGAGGGUGUGUUUGUGUGUCUAUCCCUGCUCUGGCCAGGGAGGCAGCCCCUGUCCCAGACAGCGAGGGCCCUGCCUGUCAGCCACGCCUUUCCAUCCGUGGGCUUCAGGGUGGCAAACGUUUCGUGGGCGUUGCUACGUGGAACACACUCAGAUCCUCACGGGAGAAGUCAGGGUAGAAAUUAAGCUUUCAGAGCCCAACUCAAGAUGUCUGUGUCCUGGGGCACAGCUGCAAAAGGCCACUCGUGUAAAGGUUUUUGUCCUGCCAGUGUCCCUCCAGGGCUGCAGCCAAUGCAGGCCUGAGGGCAGGUGGCAGAGGUGGUUCUGAGCUCCAGGCCUGGAGGUGGGGCCUCUCGUGGCAGUGAGAAACUGCUCUCCCGCUCCUGCAUGCCUCACAUUUGGAGGUGGGAGCCAGAGGCAGCAGCUGGGGCGGGGGAGAAGGAGGAAGGGUGCGGUUUGUGCAAAGCAAUGCCUCGCUCCUCUGCGGUGGGAGGGGCUUGCUCUGCCCCUGGGUAGCACUGCUUUUUAUGGGGCGGGGCAAAAUUAGUGAAAAAACAACAGAGGGAUGAAAACCAAACUCAAAAGAAGGUCACCAACAGAAACACGCGAUCUCCCCAAAGAAUGAAGAUCAGAAAAAGACCCUGUAGAGCCUACAUUUUUAUAAAGCCAAACCGAAGGCUCCGGGAUGAGGAGACAAGAGGUUAGGCUGCAUUGUCUACUCUGAGCCCUUGCAGGGAAGGACCUGACGCCUCUGUGGCUGAGGAUGCCCUGGCCUUGCUGGCUGCCCCUCAGGGAAGCCCAGCUCCUGGCCUGCAGCUUGCUGGGGACAAGCUGUGGGGUUGGAGGGAGGGCUUUGGUCUAAGGGCUCGAGCAGCGCUGUCCAUCUUGAAGGUGCCUGGACAGAGCUGGAGAACAGGAGUCUCCUGUAAUGAAGGAUCAAAGACAGCCCGUCUAGACCUGGUUUACCAUAAAGGGAAGGAGAAAGAGAAUGCAGCAGUUUAGUCCACAGAGAAGGAUGAGAUUGCAGGAUUAAAUAGUAGCUUUGCCCAUGGGGUAAAAGCUGUGCCUCAGCUGACCUUUUCCCCGUUUCCUAAUCCUGACCCACUCUUCACCACCCCUCACCCUUCUUAGAUCUCUGGGAUGGAGUCCUGCAGAAGCGAGGCACGGUCAGGAGACAGUGCCGGUUCAGAGCCCUGAGAGAUGCUUUAGGAAAAAGGACUGGCUAGGCACCAGGGAUGGCUGAUUAACUCUGGGACAGGCGGCCCAGAAACAGCUGACUCUGCAAUGAAUGGGUGGUAUCCAGACCUGGAGCUCUGGGUGAACCCCUGUUCUCUGGGCUGGGACCUUUGGCUGGGAAGGCAGUUACAUGCUGCCCUCUGCUGGAGAUCAAAUUUCCUGCAGCUGAGCUCUGCCCUGGCUUCCAAGGCAAGGCUGUGCCCCAUUCAUUGCCUUUGAGAAGGAAGCAUGCAGACCAGGGCAGCCCCUUCCCUCCAAGAAGGGGACGAAGCUGAGGGCACACGGGGCCUCCCAGGAACUGUAGGUCCUAAAGAGCCAAGGAGGAGGAAUUGGUCUCCCAGGAGCCUGCAGGGCUCGGCACCCAGGGCUACUGAUGAGGGUGGACAGGCUGGUGGUGAGAGCUGAGGCCCAGAGGAGAGCGCCACAGUAUCCCCACGAGGCAGGCCCACACACUCCUCAGGGACCCACCGCCCUGCCCCACAGCUCUGCUAGAACCAGUCUGUACCCCAGGGGCUGUGGGGGAGGCAGGCCAGCGCGGGGUAGGGAGGAGGUGUGAGUUCCGGUCCCUAGGGACUGGUGCUCUGGCGUGCAGGAGGCAGAAACAGGAAACACCUGGUGCAGGACACGCCCCAGGCACCAGGGAGGGAGGGAGGGAGGGGUGGAUGACACAGCAAGAAACACUCCCCAGACUCCUGGCACUCCGCUGUUUCAGAGGAGAACCGGAGGACGGGGCCAAAAAACAAAAACCCACACCUCUUUUUAUAUAAGGUUUCAUAUUUAAUUUGGUCAUAAAUUCAUAAAUACACAUGUAUUUUGUACCAAA